AGGCGUGCGAAAUAGCGCGACAGAUGUUUGAAACAGACCAACACAGCACCGUCGUGUCCGAGUCGCCUGAGUAAGUUAGUUGGUGGCGCAAGUUGUGCAUUUAUGACGCAUAAUAGGUCACUUCGUAAUAGUUUAGCCUGCACGAGGUGCAUGUUCGUUGUUACAGCUUUUGCGUGCCGUCGUCCCUGCUAAAGUGCACGCGCUCAGCGUGCUAGCUCACAGAGGACACACUCAUGGCUUACACGCAGAUAUUGAAAGCCCUGCUGCACCGGAAUCUACAACACACUGCGACGAAAUGUAAACUCACGCACGUCAGCUUGCUCAUCCUCACGCACAGGACCGCGUCCACAGUCUCGCGACUGACCUUUCGCAGAAGAGUCGAGGCUCCUUCGUCCGUCCUGCCAGCGCUGAGCGGCUUCAUUCAAGCGCAGCCGCGGAGGUGCGUUCAUAGCAGCCCCGAAGAGAGGGACAGGUCGGUCUCCAGGUACCAGAGUGGGAGCCCAAAGCCUUCAGCUGCACAAAAAGUGAAAGAAGCUGGCAGAGACUUCACCUACUUGAUAGUUGUACUCAUUGGGCUUGGGGUGACAGGUGGGCUGUUAUAUGUGGUGUUCCAAGAGCUGUUUUCCUCCUCAAGUCCAAAUAAAAUCUAUGGGAAAGCCUUCAACAAAGUCAGGUUAAACCCAGAGGUGAUCGGUGCAUUUGGGGAGCCAAUCAAGUGCUUUGGGGAGACUUCCCGCCGAGGAAGGAGGCAGCAAGUCAGUCAUCUGGAAUACCUGAAGGACGGACUGAAGCUUAUGAGACUUAAGUUUUACAUUGAAGGCUCGGAGCCAGGCCUUAAAGGAACCGUACACUCUGAGUCCAAAGAGAAUGCCGAAACUGGAAAAUAUGAGUUUCGUUACAUAUUUGUGGAAGUAGAUACCUACCCAAGACGAAACAUCAUUGUGGAAGAUAACCGAUGAGCCAGAUAAAUAAGUGUCUCUUCACUAGAAAAGCAUUAUGAAAAUGUGAAGAAUGUUUUUGUGUUAUUGGAGGAAUAACUGAAGAUUUACUGUAAAUGUAACUUUAAUUUACUAUUAAAAACUUGUGUUAAACAUCAACAA